AUGCCUCCCAAGCCCACAGCCAUCCCCAAGCCCACGACCGAGGGCGAGCAGUUCGAUAUUCCUCGGAAGAACACGCUCUCGUACCAGCCCACUCACCUCGGCCACAACAGUCCGCUUCCGUACAUCCCUACCUCCUCGGCCAAGACCCAUGAUCCCUCUGGAACCCUCAAACUCGCGUUCAUCAUGGUCGGCCUGCCCGCUCGUGGAAAGACCUAUGUGGCCCGAAAGAUCACUCGGUAUCUGACCUGGCUUGGCUACCCAGCCCGGAUCUUCAACGUCGGCAACUACCGUCGCGACACUGUCGGUGCCGCCCAGCCCCACGAUUUCUUUGAUCCUAACAACCAAGAAAAUGCCCAGAAACGCAUGCAGGUUGCCAUGACGGCACUCGACGAUAUGAUUCGCUGGUUUGAACGCAGUGAGGACGAAGACGAGCUCUCGGAUCAGGGCUCCUCGAUCAAAGAGGAUGAGCGUGAGGAUCAGGACCCGGAGUACGACUUUGAGGCCAAGGUCGCCAUCUACGACGCCACCAACAGCACCAAGAUGCGCAGACGCAUCCUGAUGGAUUGGUGUGCGGCGCGGAACAUCAAAUGCGUUUUUAUCGAGAUGGUGUGCGAAGACAGCGAGAUGGUGACCCACAACGUGAAGGAGGUCAAGAUCUCGUCACCAGACUAUGUCGGCGUGGAUCCGGAGCUCGCUGUCAAUGACUUUAUGCUCCGCAUCAAGCACUACGAAAAGUCGUACGAGACCGUUACCGAGGAUGAGAACAACGGCAAGAUCAGCUACAUCAAACUCAUCAACACCGGCGCCCAAGUCAUCGUCAACAAGGUCCAGGGCUACCUCCAGUCCCGCGUCGUGUACUUCCUGAUGAAUCUCAACAUUACUCCGAUGGACCUGUACUUUUGCCGUCAUGGCGAAUCCGUGUACAACACCAUCGGUCGGAUCGGUGGGGAUUCGGAUUUGUCCUGGAGAGGCUAUAUGUUUUCCCAAAAGCUCCCGGAGCUGAUGGAAAAGCAAAUCGGUGCCAAGAAGCUCACCAUCUGGACCUCGACGCUCAAGCGCACCAUCCAGACAGCCUCGAACUUCAAGCACCCGACCGUCCAGUGGAAGAUCCUCGACGAACUGGACUCGGGUCUGUGCGAGGGCUUGACAUACGAGGAAAUUGAGGAGCGCUAUCCGGAAGACUACCAAGAGCGCGACAACGACAAGUUCAACUUCCGCUACCGUGGAGGCGAAUCUUACCGCGACCUUGUCCAAAGACUUGAGCCUGUCAUUAUGGAGCUGGAGCGGCACCACGAGCCGGACCACGCCAUUCUGAUCAUUGGCCACCAAGCUGUGAUUCGUGCCAUCUACUCGUACUUUUUGAACUACUCGCACGACGAAUUACCCUAUGUCAAGAUCCCACUGCAUACCGUCAUCAAGCUCACUCCCAAGGCAUAUGGCUGUCUGGAAGAGAGAUUCCCUGUGGAUGUCCCGGCCGUGGACACGCAUAGAAACAAAGGCCAGUCGGCCGCCUCGGUGACGAAGGCCGCCCGCGACUCGGCCGGCGACCUGACAAAGCUUGCUCUGGAGUAAAGGGCCGCGAUCGAGGGCGGAUGCGACCGUUCAGUUGGCCGCGAUGGUUAUCACGGAUCUAGAGGGUGUUGGCCUGUACAAACAGAAACAAGGCUCUCUGCAAUCUGAUGUCGAUCCA